AUGUCAACACAACUUGUCCAAUGCCUAGGCCCUUGGUGGCUGGUUCGUCCUUCUAAUCUAGAGCAAUCUGGAGGCAGUGAUCAAGCUAACCGAAGAAUUCCAGAUGCAUCCGAAAAUUUCGUUGGCGACUAUACUUUCCACAAAUUCAACAUGAUUCUUUCCGGUGCCUGUACAGCUACUACCUGUCUGGUAAUCCUGAUUGUGAUGAUCAAGCAUUCUUUAUGCUUCAGCAAUCCCAACGAGCAGCUCAAGAUCAUGCGAAUCGCUACCUUGUUGCCUAUUUACUCCAUUCUUUCUUUUAUUUCUAUUUGCUUCCCCAAUGUCUAUGUCUACCUGGUGGGUUGGGUCGAAGUCAUCCAAGGAAUUGCCCUAUAUACAUUCCUCAUGCUACUUUGUGACUUUCUUGCUCCUAAUGACCGCAACCGAAUUGUCUUCUUUUCGUCUUUGAGGAUUCCCGGUAGGACCGACAAAACCAAGACAACUGACGGGUUGACUUGGCUCCAGCAAACAUGGUACCUUGUCCUUCAGUACCCCGUCAUUACCGUUAUUGUCGCCAUCGUACAAUGUAUAACUGAAGCCGCGAAUGUCUACUGCCUGGAAAGCAACAAGAGAUAUUUUGCUCAUCUUUGGCUCAACAUCAUUCAAGUUAUAUCCGUCGGCGUUGCCGUCAUGUCCAUCCUUCGAUUCUACACCAACCUCAAGUCCCACAUGACAGAGCACAAGCCAUUGACAAAGCUCCUUGCUUUUAAGAUGGUCGUUGGUCUGGUUUUCUUGGAAAAGAUUAUUUUCAUGAUUCUCCACUCAACAGACGUCCUCAAGGAAACAUCAAAAUUGACCUAUGCCGACGUAUACAUCGGUCUUCCAACUAUGCUCAUCUGCAUUCAGAUGGUUCCAUUUGCAUUCUUCUUCCUCUUCGCAUACUCUACCAAGCCUUACCGGGUGGACGGUGGAAACCUCCGGUAUGGCAAUGCCCAGGAAUAUCUCGCUGUCGAAGAAACCGAGGCGGGGAGGACAUACAAGCCACGCCAAUACCAGGGUGGACCUCUCGGUAUCUACGCCUGGCUAGCCUUUUUCAACGCAUUGGAGUUCUUCCGUGAGAUCACAUCGACGUACAGUAUGUUUCGGGAGGGUCGGAUUAGAUCCGCAGAUCCCAUGCAGUCGCAGGAGAGCUACAGGAUGCAGUAUGGCAUGUAA